AUGCGAUGCGCGAGCAAGGCCGCCGAGAGCGCGUCCGCACGUCUCUGUGCGGACGCCGAAGCAGAAACUACAGCAACUGAUGUGUCAUCGGUUGCUGAAUCGACUCAGCCUGUAUCACCUGGUGAUGCAGGCGCUGGUCAUGAAGACACUCGUGUCUUCACAGAGUACGAGCUCGGUGUCUCGUACUCUCCUGAUACGGAAGACGGAUCCGUAUCGACGGCGAUCGAAUCCAAGCCGCCUGCCAAGCGUGGCAUGGACGAUGCUUUGCGUCGUAGCAUCUUCGGUUCAUCUGAUGAAUCAGAUGAACCAUCGCCGAAGCGAAGGCGCUCGAGGUCGCGAGACUCGGGCGCUAAUAGUGGUGUCGGUUCUCCUAUGGACACCACUUCGCAACGAGGUGCCAGUACUUCUGUCGGCACAUCGCAGGAAGAGCGGGACCGCAAUGUCUUGCGUCUCGCUCCUGAGAAGAAGGCAUGGAUGCCUCCCAAAUCAGUCAUGGAUCACUUGUCGGCGACGACGAGUGAUCGUUAUCGAACACGAUUGUUCGAUUCGUCAAGGAUCCAUCACCUUGACCCCAGCGCGAAAAACUAUCGCGCUGAGAAUGAAUUCUUCAUCGAUGCUUUCUACAGACAUCGAUAA